AUGAGUGCUUCUAGUCCUAGUCAAGCUAACGAACAACAUGAUGAUACCAAACAUUUAUGGACCUAUGUUAGAAAGAUAAAAGGUGUAGGUUGUGGUGGAAAUUAUGAGAUAAAAUGCAAUAUUUGUGAUGUUACCUUUAAUGGGUCUUACACUAGAGUGAGGGCACACUUGUUGAAGAUUACUGGAAAGAGAGUUAGAGGUUGUCAAAAGAUAACAAAUACCAAACUUAUAGAUUUGAAGAAGAUAGACAAUGAGGCUACAUUGAGGGUGAAGUCAAAAACAAAACCUGUGUCAUUGCCUCCGGUUUCUACUCAACACCAAAUGGGUACAUACAUUCUUGGUGUUGAUCCAAAAAAGAGAAAGACAUCAACUGUAGAAAGUGCCUUUAAUUUGCAAGCUAGAGAGACACUUGAUCAUGAAAUUGCUAGGAUGUUUUACUCUUCGGGGCUGCCUUUUCAUUUAGCAAGAAAUCCUCAUUAUAGAAAGGCGUUUACCUAUGCUGCCAACAAUUAUAUCAAUGGUUACCAACCUCCAGGUUAUAAUAAAUUAAGGACAACAUUACUUCAAAAUGAGAGGAGACAUGUGGAGAACUUGUUACAACCAAUUAAAAAUGCAUGGAGCCAGAAGGGUGUGAGCAUUGUUAGUGAUGGAUGGAGUGACCCACAAAGAAGAUCUCUUAUUAAUUUCAUGGCUGUUACAGGGAGUGAACCUAUGUUUUUAAAGGCCAUCGAUUGUUCAAAUGAGAUAAAAGACAAAGAUUUCAUUGCCAAACAUAUGAGGGAGAGAUUCAAGCAAUUGAAGAAAGAACUCCAAGAGAUGGUCAUUAAUGACCAAUGGUCUUCUUACAAGGCAGAUAAUGUUGCAAAGGCUAAAUUUGUGAAAGAUACUUUGUUGGAUGAUAAUUGGUGGGAUAAGGUUGAUUAUAUUCUUUCUUUCACUAGUCCUAUCUAUGAUGUUCUUAGAAGAACUGAUACGAAAGCUUAA